UUCUCAUCUGUAUCUUCAUAUAAGUAUUUAAGGAUGAUAUUUCAAGAUGAUUUUGUAGUUUUAUUUCAAACGAUCAACAACACAAAAGUAAAAUCAUGAUGAAAACUAUUUUCACAGUUGUCAAUGCAGUGAUACUUUGGUCACUAAUUGAAGCUGUUGCUUUGAAAGAUGAAAAACUGUCACCGAAAUUGGUCUCUAAAGAGGAAAACGCUAGUGCUUCAAGAUGGCUUUUACAAAAAUCAAAUGAAACUAAAUCUUCUGCUUCAUUUGACUCUUUUCGAGUUUCAACGCCUGAGACAAAUCGUGAUGGAACCUUGCUUUUAGAUUCAUAUCAUGAUUUCACGUCUAAACACCAUCAUCAUUUACACCACCCUCACAAUGGACAUCAUUAUGGUGCAAGGGAAGAUGCCUACCACCACCAUGGUCAUCAUAAUUAUCAUCAUUAUGACCAUCAUGAUUACCCUUACUUCAACCAUAAUCGACACCAUCGUCAUCUUCCCUAUCCAUCAGAUGAUGUUGGAUCAGAAGAGGUAGCCAAUCCUGAUGGUGUCACUGAUGGAAUCGAUUCGGUUAACAAUGAUGGUGAAAUAACUGAGCCUAUCGUUGAUUCAGAAAUACCUGCUGAUCCUGCUGUAAAUGGUGAACUUGUUGAUCCAGAGUCAGAAGAGCAACCAGAACCAUUGGAUGAUGCAGAUGUUACAGAAGAUCCAAUUGAAAGUGACGUUGAAGAAAUCCCUAUUGAAGAUGUUCCCGGUGAACCAGUUAAUGGUGAAAUAGUUUCAAAUGAAUCAGGAUAUCCAAGAACCGCUCAUAAUUAUGAUUAUAAUCAUUAUGAUCCAUCGUUGUCUAAUACUUAUGACCAUCGAUAUCCAAUAUUCAGUCAUCUUCCCCCAAAGCAUUUCAAAUGUUCUCACGUCAAACAUUCUGGCCACUCUUCGGAUAUAGAAGCUCGUUGUCAAGUAAUUCUUCCAGGAAAUCGUUCAGGAAAAUGGGAAAUUCUUCACUUUCUUCACAAAUCUAGUCCGCUUAAAUCGAAUGCAGUUAUUUAUCUUGAUCAUGGUGACCAUCAUCGAAGAUAUCACAAUCAUCAUUAUCCCCACAAUUACUAUCAUCCACAUUAUUCACAUUCACUUUACCCCCACCAUCCUCAUCAUUAUCAUCAUUCCCACCACCACAGACACCAUUACAAUGGACAUCAUUAUCCAGAGACUAAUUAUAUCAGAAGGAAAAAAUGAUCUAACAAUGAAAUAUGGCCUCAUACUUUGAUUCAAAUCUAAAGGAUGAAUUGUAACAUUAGAUUGUCAUUCAGGAUAUUCCAGUUAAGCUGUUCAAAUGAGCCAUUGCUAUUGUUAAACCGACUUGGUAACUUAAAAAUCUUUAUUUUAAUACACAUUUUGAUAAUAUUGCUUAUCAAAAGCUUAAUAUUGUUAUUUUUUGACUUUUUUACUUGUUUUCAUUAAAUUAAUUGUUGCACGAAA